AUGAAGACCAUCGUCGUCCUCGGGGCCGGCCUCGCCGCCGCGCCCCUGAUUCGCCAAAUCAUGCGCACCGCCGUCCUCACCCGCAAGGAUUUACGGAUGAUCGUCGUCGCUCCCAACACGCACUUUCAUUGGCCAAUCGCCAUGCCCCGUGUCGUCGUUCCCGGCCAGAUGGCGGACGAGAAAGUCAUGUACCCGCUCGACACCAUCUUCGGCCAGUAUCCGGCCGACAAGUUCGAGUUUGUCCUCGGCAAGGCCAGCACCCUCGACCCGUCCGGCCGCCUCAUCACCGUGGCGCUGAACGCUGGCGGCGUCCAGAGCGUCGCUUACGACACUCUCAUCGUCGCGACAGGAUCUUCAGCCAAGGACGACAUGCCGUGGAAGACUCUCGGCACGACCGACAAGACGGUGGAGACGCUGCGGAGGUUGCAAAAGGACAUCCGAGACGCAAAGACCAUCGUUGUCGCCGGCGGCGGCCUCACUGGGGCGGAAACUGCGGGCGAACUCGGCUUCGAGUAUGCCAAGGACGGCACGAAGGAGGUGUACUUCAUCCACAACAGAGACCUGCCACUGUCGCCGCCUGUCCUGCACAGUGUCAGGAAGCAGAUCAAGGUGGAGCUCGAGAAGAUGAAGGUCAAGGUCGUGGCCAACACAACCGUCACCAAGGUCACCAAGUCGAGUGGCGGCGACACGGUCCUCGAGCUUCGCGAGGCAGACGGCAGCACGAGGACGCUGCGGACGCAGGCGUACGUGCCAACGACGGGCCUCACGCCCAACACGUCCUUUGCGCCCGCGAGCAUGCUCGAUGACGGCGGUUUCAUCAAGCAGACGACGCACCUGCAAGCCGAGGGUUACGACGACAUAUUCGUCAUUGGCGACGCAGGCAGUCUCGAGGUAUCCAAGGCCUACAUCGCCGAGGCGCAAAUGGUGCACCUCGUCAAGGCACUACCAGUCUACCUCGACGGCGGCAAGAUGGCCGAAUACAAGGUGAACAGCAAGGAGAUGGUCGGCAUAACGCUUGGCCGCAGCAGGGCGACGGGCCAGAUGGGCAAGUUUAGGGUGUUUAGUUUCCUGAUUUGGUACAUGAAGGGGCGCUUCCUCGGCACCGACUACGCGGGACUGUACGCUGCGGGGAAGAAGACGAUGAUGACGACGUUUGAGAAGUGA